CGCGAAGCGGCGCUUAAAAGUUAACGGCUCGGAUGAAACAAACAAACAAAAGUUGAGCAAAAAGCAGUAGUGAAGGUGCACGAUUAUUUAAUUACACGGCUGAGUACGUGACGGCCUAAAAAUAUACAGAAAACGUGAUGACAUUAAAUCAUAAACCCAUCUUCUCGGUUCCAUAAAAAUGUCUUCCUGCUUUGUCUAAUCUAGAACUGCAAUAAUAUCUAGAUCCCCGCCAACUACCAUAAAAUAGGCUAUAAACAAAUUGCUCUGACGCAGAGAGCGUUGGGCAGCCAAAAACAAUGAGGGGAGAGACUCAGUCCCAGUCGCAAUACCGCCUAUCAAAUGAGCGUUAAAUUAAAAGAACGUUACCCAAGCGCCGGCGGCUCAGUCAGCCACUGACAACGAACCCGAAGCAACGAACGACGCGACCGCGACGGGCAAAAAGCGAACCGAACGAAACGAAAAGCUAAUUACCAGCGGGCAUUAAGGCCACUUGGAAUAUCAACUAAUUAGAGCGACCCAGCCACGAAAUGCGCGACGCGCCCGAAGAUCAGUCCACAGCCGUUUCCCUGCCCGCCCCGGUCGUGGCCGAGUCCACUGGAGCGGACCGCCGGAUGACCCGGCGGCUGCUCAUGGAACUCCUGGUGGUGGUGGUGCUCGUGAUCCCCAUCUGCGUGUACGAGUUCGCCGUGGACCCGGUCCGUCGUGGCUUCUUCUGCGACGACGAGAGCAUCGGCUACCCGUUCCGGGACAACACCAUCACGCCGGUGAUGCUGGGCCUGAUUGUGGGCCUGCUGCCCGUCCUGGUCUUCGUGGUGGUGGAGUAUGUAAGCCACCUGCGUGCCGGAGACACCUCGGCCACCGUGGACCUGCUGGGCUGGCGCAUGGCCACCUGGUACGCGGAGCUGGGCCGCCAGGCCUGGUACUUCUGCUUCGGCCUGCUGCUGACCUUCGACGCCACCGAGGUGGGCAAGUACACCAUCGGCCGGCUGCGGCCCCACUUUCUGGCCGUGUGCCAGCCACAGCUGACGGACGGCAGCCUGUGCUCCGACCCGGCCAACCUGCACCGCUACGUGGAGAACUACGAGUGCGUCGGCGAGGGCUUCACCGCGGACGACGUCCGACAGGCCCGCCUGAGCUUCCCCAGCGGCCACUCCAGCCUGGCCUUCUAUGCCAUGGUCUACAUGGCGCUCUACCUGCAGUGCAAGCUCUCGUGGCGCGGAUCCAAGCUGAGCCGCCACUUUGUGCAGUUCGCCCUGGUGAUGGUGGCCUGGUACACGGCCCUCAGCCGCGUGGUGGACCACUGGCACCAUUGGUCCGAUGUCCUCUCCGGCUCGUUCCUGGGCGUGGCCGGGGCGCUGAUCACCGCCCGCUUCAUCGCGAGGCUAUUCGAUGAGGGGACCCAUAUCGCCAUCCUGACCGGUGGCCUGCGAAGGGAGAACACGGCGGCCACGCUGCAGGAGGAGGUGUGUCCCAGCACGCCGCCACCCUACUCGGCGAACAGCAGCUUCAAUGAGGACCAGUACUGCACGAAGGUCUGAGGGAGCCGCUUGGCUCUGGGGGCCAUGUAAAUUCGAAACAUUCCAAAGGUAGCAAUAAAGUGUGGAUGAACCAGCA